AUGGAAACCCGGGUUCAUGUCUCAUGUCCAUACCACUUUAUUAGAACAAUAAGAUUGAACCUACAUGUCAAUUUGAGUCUGAGUGAAGAAGACUACAAGGGUCAAGUGUCUCUAGUCUGUCCACCAGGUUGGACAUUAUCCGAUAUUAAAUGUAUUAAACCCAGUCCCCCUUCAGUUCAACUUUCGUGGAAUGCAGCUUUAAAAGUCUGUCAACAAGAUGGAGCACAUCUUGCAGAAAUAAGAGAUUAUAAAUCCAAUGUGGAGUUGGGAAAUUUCGCCAAUAGUCAGUCGUUUUCACACUUCUGGAUAGGUUUGAAUGCACCUCAUACUAAUAACUCAGUAGAAUGGAGUGACGGAUCACCUACCAGUAUAAACGAGGGUUUCUGGUCUGACCAACAACCAGAUUUAACCAAAGGUCGGUGUGUGUCUUACAACACUGUCAGUAACGAGAACCGAUGGAGUUUUAAAAACUGUGAAACGAAACAACCAUUUGUUUGUCAAUUACCGGCUUGUCCAUCAGGAAGCUACCAUUGUAGUAAUGGUAAAUGUAUAAAUAAUAAAUGGACUUGUGAUGGACAGAACGAUUGUGGUGACAUGUCUGAUGAGUUAGACUGCAAAGAUAAAUCGAUCUGUUCUGAAUAUCAAACCGGAACAAGUGGUCAGAUUAGCUCCCCUGGUUACCCCACCGGAAGUUAUCCUAACAGCGCCACCUGUCUAUGGACCAUCGAAUCACCUAUUGGUACCAAUGUUAGAUUACAAAUCACUGCGUUUGAAACAGAGAUUGAUAAAGACGAGGUGACUAUCUAUGGCGGAGGUAAAACUCUCACCAAAUCACAGAUUAUAAACAGACUCUCAGGAAUCUUUGUCAAUGUUCCUAAAAUAUUCAUCAGUCCAAACAACUAUUUAAAAGUCCAUUUUAACUCUGAUAACACCGGGGUAAAAAGAGGUUUUCAGGCCAGCUGGACUGUUGUUAAACAAGAUGACGAAUCGUUAAUAGCAACUCAAAUAACUCAAAAUCUAGCGCCAUCAUCGUCUCCACAGUCAUACCUGGGUAAUCAAGAAUCAACAUGGCUGAUUCAGUCUCAAUUAUCCAGAGAUGUUGUCACAUUAGAGAAAAUGUCACUGGACCUAGGUGAAGGUGACGUGGUAGAAGUGAGAGAUGGUCGAACGGUAGAUGAUGUUUUAUUAGCAACCUUUACCCACGCUGGUGGUCCACGAUAUGUUACUUCUACUGGUAACUGGUUGAUGGUCACCUUUAAAACUGGUUUAACGGUCAAUAAUCAACACACUGGUUUCCAGUUCCAAUACAAACAAGGUUGUGACUAUGAGUAUCGAGAAUCUGUAGGAGAACUGGGCUGGCCUGGACACGGUAUCGUCAACUAUCCCAACUAUCAAACUUGUACUUGGACAAUCAAGACUUCAGAACCAUCUUUACAUCUUGUAUUUGAUAGUGAUUUCAACCUGGAUAACAGUGACUAUCUCGAGGUGUAUGGAUUUCAAGAUGACAGUGGUAUUGCGCUUCACAGUGGUGCAGGAUACACAGGAACCACCACACCACCUCGCAUAGUCACCACCAACGGUGCUUUCUUUCUGAGGCUGAAGUCGAACGCGAUAAAGAGUCAGAAGGGCUUUAAAGCUAAAUAUUCCACAGAUUGUCCAACAUCAGAGUUUUUAAAUUUCCAACAAGCACCUGCCCCUGGUGAUACGGGGUUUGGGGUGAGGACAGUUAUAUCGUGUAAGCCGGGGUUUAGGUUUAAUACCCAGGAGCUAGCCGGUCAGUCUGAAUUCACCUUGGAGUGUCUGUACAGUGGUAACUGGAAUGUCCGGACUAUACCCAAAUGUGAAGCGAAUUAUUGUGGAUUUCCACCCACCGUAGACCACGGUAAAGUUAUAUCUGGUACAGGUAUAGGGUUUGGCAGUACGGUUGUUUACCAGUGUACCGACGGUUUCCUGCCUGCAACCCCUACUACAGCUACAUGUAAUAUCAACGGACAGUGGCAGAAUGUACCCACUUGUCGAGAGCAAACCUGCCCCGCUCCAACUGGAAAUAAUGGUCUCCUUCGUCAAGUGAAAACAGAGAAUGGAGAUGGUACGACAUUCGGAUCUAUAGUACAGUAUGACUGUCUAGCUGGUUAUAAAAUAGUCGGUGUACCUAUAUCAAUGUGUUAUAAUGGAACCUAUACCGCUACAACACCAACUUGUGAAGCUUUAAACUGUCCACUACCACGAGUAGCCAAUGCUGAUGUUAGACUACAGGGUGGUAAACCAGUAGCUGUGCGGGGAGACAUAUUAACCAUGACUUGUAAACCAGGCUUCACCCUGUCCAGCACAACUCAGAUGAUAUGUGGAACGGACCAACAGUUCACCAAUCUCGCUUCUUGUUUAGAUAUAAACGAAUGUAACAACGGAUCACCUUGUGGUCAACAACAGUGUGUUAAUACCCACGGUUCAUACCACUGUCGCUGUUUAGAUGGUUUUACAUCUACCCCGACCGGGGGAUGCCAAGAUAUCAGAGAAUGUCAAUCGAGUAAUAAAGGGGGCUGUAGUCACACUUGUAACGAACUAGAGGGCGGUUACCAGUGCUCCUGUCCCCUGGGGUAUUUCCUCAUCACCCGAGACGCCGAGCAGGGGUACUAUCUGCCUCAGGGUGAAACUGGAAUGAAUUAUGGUGAUACCUAUUAUUUCAAUCAUACUUGCCUACCCGGACAAUGUGCUUUCACUUCCUCUAAUGGGGCCAAUGUAACAACACCGUCCCCAGUUAAGGGUAAUGACGCAGUACAGAUAAACUGCCCAGCCUCCCCGGGGGUGCCGGCCUAUAUUAAAACUAUACCAUGUGUAUAUGAUGUCAGCACCAACAGUUUUAAACUCACCACCCAAGAUUUCAGCUGUAAAGCUGUAAGCUGUGGAAUGCCAGAACUGGUUCCAGGCCACGUUUCUCCUCUUUUAAUCUCCAGCACCAAGGCAGGAGUAGGAUCUUUUCAGUUUCAGUGUUUACAAUUUUAUCAGUUAGAUGGUCUGUCUGAUCAAGGCGAUACCACUGUUAGAUGUUUAUCAAGUGGAUAUUGGGAUUUCGGACGACUAAGAUGUUUACCUCAAAGAUGUUCAGAUCCUGGUACACCAUUAGGCGGUCAGAGAAUUUCUGUAUCGUAUAUGUUUAAUGAUAGAGCCACAUUCAGCUGUCCUAGAUCUGGUUACCAGUUGACCAACUCACAACCUUUAGAAUGUCAACAGAAUGGAGCCACAUUAAACUGGAGUGCUGCUUUACCACAAUGUAGAGAUGUAGAGAAGCCGGUAUUUGUGAACUGUACGACUCAGCCGAUACGAUUAAAACAAUAUGAAAAGAUAUCGUACACAAUACCAACAGCCACUGAUAAUAAUAAUAUACUUCUGAGUUUAACAGUAGAUAAACCAUGGUUCCGACCUGGAAUACCUGUAGCAGAGUCUACUGUAGUCAGUUAUACAGCUACUGAUCAUGCUGGCAAUCAGGCUACCUGCAACAUUACUGUCAUUGUACAAGAUGAGUUAUCACCAACUAUAAGAUGUCCGGAGUCUCGUCGGGUACAGAUAGAACGUUCCAGUGAUGUGGUCGAUCUAAGCUGGGGUAUGAACGAUAUGGUGAAACUAUCAGACAAUGUAGCCGUAGAGACCCUGGUAUUCACUCCCUCUAGUAUCAGGUUGACCCAAUCUGAUGUCGGCACUGUCCAAACAGUAACAGCUCAAGCAUCAGAUGCUGCUGGAAACAUGGCUUCCUGUCAAUUCCAGAUAUCAAUUGAAGGAUUAUGUAGCCCCAACUCGCUAUCUAACCCUAUCAAUGGUAAUAAACAGUGUACAGAACGGGCUGAUGGUACCGGGUAUGAUUGUACCAUCUCCUGUAAAGCAGGGUUCUUCUUCCAGACCAGCUACCCCUCGGAACUUUUCACCACUUCUUGUAAUUUUGGAGGUGCUUGGACAGUACCUGAUAUUCCACACUGUACUGAGCCCCAGCAUGUGAGUUUUGAUCUGGACACUGAAAUGUUUUAUAAUACCUCGGAUGCCAGUGUCCUCUCAUCCUCCUGUAUCAACCAAUAUAAUAACGAGAUUAGGACCAGGUUGUUUGAUGCUCGCUCUCACUUCAAUACAGAAUGUGGUAUCACGGAUGUAUCAAUCACUGUCAACAAUAAUAUAACCAUCAACUACGAUCGUCAGUUUAAAGUUUUUUUCCGAGUGAUGUUUCGAUCAACGAAGCAUAUACCUUCAGUAUUCACCAACUGUGUACAACAAGUUACUACUGCUAUUAAACUUAUCAGAAACGACCCUGAUGCAUCACUCCUGUCCAACCUACACACAAUCGACUUAGUCGGCUGCUCGAAUAUUGUAUUAAAUACCCGGAACUCCCGAGCCAAAGAUUUCUGUUCCCAGCCGUCUGAAGUCGCACGAAGAGUUGAUAAUAUAUAUGCCUGUGUGCCGUGUCCACCUGGUACGAUAGCUGAGGUGUCUAUUUGCCGAAAGUGUCCGGUCAAUACAUAUCGUGGUGGUGAUCUUCAGUCAGCUUGUACACCAUGUCCGACAGAGAGUGCCACAUAUGGUGACGGCAAGACCAGCAUUCUGGACUGUAAACCGGUGUGUAGUGGUAAUCUGAUGUCCACCAAUGGUCUCCCACCCUGUAUGGAAUGUACUGGGGAAACCUACCGUGUCAACAGCACCUAUUGUCAACUUUGUCCGGCUAAUACGAAAUUUGUACCCACCCCUCUUUAUCCUGAAUGUACAAAUCCUAGUUGUACCUACAUCAAGACGGAUAACCAAGUAAUGAGCGGUCCUCCAGUCAACAACAUCAGUCCUACUGACGGUAACAUGCAGGAGUGUGAGGCCUCCUGUGAUUCAUAUCGUGUAUUUGGUGGUGAAGAAUGUAUUGGGUUCAGCUAUAACAAGGUGACCAAGUUCUGUCUCCUCCUGACACUGGAAGGAACCCUGUCACCUAACUCCACCUAUGAUUUCUACAGACGAUCAUGUAAUUACCGCACAGAUAAAGAAUGUUACUGUGGAGAUGCUUGUCCUAUUGGAUCCUACUCAUUCACUGGUAAUCAACCAGACUGUCGACUGUGUCCCCAGGGUUAUUACACCAAUACCCCGGGGUCCAACCAGUGUCUGGAAUGCCCUCUGAAUCAAACCACAACAGCUGAAGGUGCUACGUCUUGUGUAGAUGGUGUUCCCUUGCUAUGCGGACAGUGUAGUAGUAGUAAUACAGAAUCAUGUACCGUUCAGAAACAUCUAGCAUACUGUCAGUGUAGACCAGGUUAUACCGGAUUGUAUUGUGAAACAUUAAUCAACAACUGUCUGUCUCAACCGUGUUAUUACAAUACUCAGUGUACUAAUUUCCCUGGACGGUUUGAUUGUGCCUGUCCUACAGGUUUGAGUGGUGAUCGUUGUGAAUUCAACAUCAAUGAUUGUGGGCCGACCACCUGUCAAAAUGGCGGGGUCUGUGAGGAUGGAAUCAACGAUUAUAUUUGUCAUUGUCUUCAAGGUUACAGCGGCAAAAACUGUCAGAUACAAGAUCCGGUUUGCACUACCAGACCUCAAUGUAUAAACGGCGGAAACUGCAUUCCGGUUAAUAACGUCUUAAGAAGAUGUGAUUGUCCAGUUGGCUAUACUGGACCCACGUGUGCUAUUAAUAGUGAUGAAUGUGCAUCUUCGCCGUGUCAGAACGGAGCACAAUGUACCAACAGACCAGGAGGGUAUACCUGUUCACCCUGCCCAGAAGGUUAUUCAGGACAGAUGUGUAACAUACCAGAGAGUCAGUGUCGAAACACAGAUUGUGGUGGUGGAGCUGAGAGCUGCAUGGAUGAUGUAACUACAGGAUUACCUCGAUGUAUAUGCCAGGCUGGUUUUAGUUACGGUCGCUACUGUCAAUACGAACUGUCUACCGAAACAGCAUCAACCAGUGGGAACUUGGGACAACCUUUCACCAACGUUGGACCUAGUACCUGUAUGGCUGCUUGUGAAUCUACCACCAACCGUGUUAAUUGUGUAGGAUUCAGCUAUAACCGUAACAGCAGAUCCUGUCAACUGUUAACUCAAUCCUACACUACUUCGACAGUCACCAACAAUCAGCUGUACAUCAAGGCGUGUUCUCAUCCUGCAGAUGAUUUCUGGACACCGUGGUUCAAUGUAGACAAAACUUCCAGUGGUACUGAAACAGAGACGCGUGUUGGCCUGCAGACGUAUGAUAUCAACAUCUGUAGUUCCACCACACCCGUUGCUGUAGAAUGUCGAAACGUUAAUGGUGGUAGUAUAACAGGAAGUCAGUGUAGCGUCAAUGGGUUUCAAUGUUCCACUGGCAACUGUCCUAACGUGGAAGUCAGAUAUAGAUGUAGUCUCAGCAGAGUGUUUAAAGACACCCAAUGUAAGAGACAAGACUUGUGCUCAGAAUCCUGCGAUUCCAACCAUGUAUGUCAUGUUGAUCGAGAUGUAGUGACAUGUAAAUGUAAGACUGGUUACAAGGGACUACAGUGUAGCGAGGAUAUUAAUGAAUGUACAGAUCUCAGUAUUGACUGUAAUACUGGACAAUGUAUAAAUACACCGGGAUCUUUCAGCUGUCAGUGUCAGAACGACUUCACAGGUUCGAGAUGCCAGAAUGGUCCAGUACCUUGUGAUAAGAACAACUGUAAUCCUCUGAAUACCGCCAACUGUAUUAAUACUGGAACAACUACCUCCAGAUGUGAAUGUAAACCUGGUUUUAAAGGAGCUACAUGUGGUGAGAGUAUCGACAGCUGUGACAGUAAUCCCUGUAUCCACAGUCAGCGCUGUGACAAUCUGGUCAAUGAUUACACAUGUAUCUGUGAAGCAGGCUGGACUGGGCGGAGAUGUGAAACCUUGAUUGACACCUGUAGCUCAACUUCUCAGUCAUGUAGUGAUCGAGGAACGUGUUUCAGUCUCUUUAAUGAUUAUUACUGCAAAUGUAACAAUUCAACAAAUUAUGGUAAAACCUGUGAACUAACAGAAAAUAUCUGUUCUGUAAUAGAUCUGUGUUAUAAUUCAGCAGCGUGUAGCAGUGGUAACGGAGAAACCAAGUGUAAUUGCGCUCCAGGUUAUAUGGGUAUGAGUUGUCAAAUUAAAGAAGAUUUUAACUGUGAGACUUCCUCGCCUUGUGUCAAUGGAGGAACGUGUUCGUCUCAAGUCACUGGUUUUAAAUGUAGUUGUCCUCCAGGAUACGGAGGAGAUAAAUGUGAAGUAGAUGUAAAUGACUGUUCAUCCAACCCCUGUUCUAAUGCAGCUCAGUGUGUUGAUUUGAUUGACAGCUACUACUGCCAAUGUUCCAAUGGAAGAGCAUCUCCUGAUUGUCAACAGAACGCAGAUUUAAACUAUGACGUCUGCGUUGGUAACUCCAUUAAUGGUGGAGCCGCCAUGUUGUCAUUCCCGCUUUCUCUAGACGCGUCGUCUGGUUUGACUAUUGCAUUCUGGGUAAAAUACGAUAUGAUCGGAGGAUCGGGAACAUUCUUAUCUUUAUCACAAACUUUGAAUGGAGAUAUGAACAGUAUGCGAGCAACUGAAUUUUUCAACAUGGACGAAAAGAACCUGCACGUUAGCUUACCAGGUCAAGAUGCCGAGUUUUCCUACAAUAAUAUGAAACCUAAUAGUGGUCGCUGGCAUGCUGUAGUGUUAACUUGGAGGGGAGAUAACACUAUACAAGUUUAUAUUGAUAGUCUACAGCAGUUGUCCAGUUCUUACACUCCGCAGAUCCAGGCUACCUCCAGAGUUUGGGUCACUGUUGGAUCGAUGAUGAAGACGACCUCCAUGUUUAAAGGUUGCGUGUCACAACUGAACAUUUACGAUAGAGUGUUAGACUUUAGCACUGAGAUGACCCAACUGUUCGACACACCCAACUUUAACUAUCCGACUGGUGUUCUCCAAGGCUGGAAGGACUAUAAAACAACCGGAGAUGGUGUAAUGGUGCGACCGUCUCGUAUCAACAAACAAGCCUGCCCUGAGAACUACUCAGGUUUCCCGUCCUGUACUACUCAAAUAGUUGAUAAAAAGAGUCCUGAGAUAUCUGGUUGUCCUAGUAACGUCUAUACAACUAGUAUCAAUGGCGCAGGUCAGCCAUCGUGGACAGAACCAACUUACACAGGGGUGUCGUCUGUCAUCUUUACACAGAGAUCUGGAUCUUUGUUAUCUAAAGGUCGACAUACAGUACUCUACGAGGCCAGUAGUAGUAAUAACAACAAGGCCCUGUGUGCUUUUACUCUUUAUAUUAAUGAUGAGUUCUGUCCGGCUUUACCGAAACCAAAAGAGAACGGAGGAGAGACGUGUAGCGAUGUCGGUGGUAACUGGAAGUUCAAGGCUUGUAAGAUUGAUUGUCAAGACGUAAAUACCACCAAUAAUAAAAUAGGACCCAAUAUUUAUACCUGUAGCCCUGAGGGAGACUGGGUGUGGCCUCCGUCUGAGACCAGCUAUCCCCCUUGUGGACGUAUAGUAGCAGAAGCUAACCAAGAUAUCACUGUAGAAGUCCAGUACCCCAUUAAUCCAACUGACUGUUCAUCUGUCCAGUCCAGUCUGAAAACUAGAUUGAUGGAGGGUGUGAACGCUCUGAAUACAGAGUGGCAGAAUGGAUUGUGUCAACAAAAUAGUUGUACGGACGUCAUCAUGAACAUCAUCUGUAACCCAGGACAACCGACUACUGUUAAUUUUGUCUUGAAAGAUGUCAAACCAGAAUUAAAGAGCGCCUCGGAAACUUUGAAAGCUGAAGAAGUUUUGGCUAAGGCAGUUUUAGAUCAGAAGGUUUUGAAUUUUGAUAAUAUUGUAAAUGCCAAUGUGGAUCCCCAUUCUCUACUGAUUAACGCCAGAAGAGUAUGCCCAGCUGGUCAAACAGUUAUAGAUGAACUUUGUGUGACCUGUACACGAGGAACGUACUACGACGCUGCCAGUAUGACCUGUAUGGACUGUCCUAAAGGCCAGUAUCAGGACGAGUUCGGCCAGUCGGUCUGUAAACAAUGUCCUAGUGGAGAUACAACUAAAGAUACAGGCUCUAUAGCUGUAUCACAGUGUUAUGAUUCGUGCCCUAUAGGCCAGUAUUACAGUAUACCCAAUGGUGUUUGUACAGAAUGUACCAAGGGACAAUAUCAAAAUACAACAGGACAGUUUGAAUGUGAACCGUGUCCAGUUGGUACACUUACUCUUAAUACUGGUUCCACCUCCUCUUCAGACUGUAUGGUGGGCUGUGAAGCGGGAUCUCGACUAUUACCAGACCAGACCUGUGAGAAAUGUCCUAUUGGUACCUAUAGCCAGGAACAAGUAUGUAAAUCGUGCCGUGAUGGGUUUAUUACACCUGAUAUAGGGGCGGUAUCGGAGGAUAACUGUACUGUAGUCGCCUGUCCAGUCGGCCAGUACAAUGACAACAAUGUGUGUAAAGAAUGUCCACUCAAUCAGUAUAACGAUAUCAAAUGGCAGACUUCCUGUAAAGAUUGUGGAGCACGAUUCCGAACAGACCAGGUGGGAUCUACCAGUCCGACACAAUGUAUAUUUUUCUGUGAAUCUGGAUAUGCAGCCGGGCCUGGAAAUACAAAGUGUGUUAUUUGUCCAGUGGGGACCUACAAAGACAACAAUGUCAGUCCAUAUGGGGCGUGUCAGCAAUGUCCUAAUAGUCGUACAACACCCAAUAAUGGCACCACUACUGAAGCCGGUUGUUCCAUUUUACAAUGUAAUGCCGGUUAUAGAGCUGAUUCUACCAAUACUAACUGUGUUAUCUGCGACUACGGUCAGUAUCAACCUAACAUCAACCAGUUGACAUGUUUCAACUGUACCAGCACCCAGGGGACGAGACGACAGGGAGCCGUACAGCAAUCGGAAUGUGAAGAACUUUGUGAAGACGGUACAGAAAGGGUUAAACCAGGCGAUAGCUGUGCACCCUGUCCAGUGGGUGAAUAUAGGGUUAAAUCAGAUGUACCAUCUAAUAUCUGUUUACGAUGCCCUGAGGGAUAUGUUACUCCUGGAACUAGUUCAACCUUACAGUCACAGUGUACUAUCAGAAACUGUACAGAAGGAUAUAAAAUAGAGAAUAAUAACUGUGUCGAAUGUCCUCUAAAUACCUUCCAACCUCUGCCAUACCAGACAACGUGUCAACUCUGUCCUACUGGUAAAACCACCAUAUCUACUGCUUCCAGAAACAGCUCGGAGUGUCUUCCAUUCUGUGUCGAUGGUCAAGAACUAUUGUCAGGCACCUGUACGCCAUGUAGUCAGGGCUAUUACAAAGAUAAUGCUGAAGAUAAAAUAGGAAUGUGUAUGUUAUGCCCUCAAAAUAAAACCACACCAACUACUGGAGCUAGAACACAGACGGAGUGUUCCUUACCCAACUGUACCAUUGGGUAUUACAUUGAUGUCCCUAAUGGUAAAUGUGUGGCCUGUCCAAAAGGAGAAUACCAGGAUGAGAAAUGGAAGUUUACCUGUAAGAGAUGCCCGAAUCAGAGUGUAACCGAUGCCGAGGGAUCUACCAGCAUCAAUCAAUGUAUCUAUUCCUGUUUUAAGGGUUAUGAAGGCAGUGGUACUUCCGGCUGUAAGAAAUGUGGUAUUGGAUCCUACAAACCGGAAGCAGGAACCUCGCUAUGUACAGCAUGUAAUAACGGUUUUAUCACCAAAGACGAGGGAUCUGAAACUCUUGAUCAGUGUAAUAUCGCUGCCUGUAACCCAGGAACCUAUCUAGAUGAAGUGAACAAUGUUUGUAAACAAUGUGAUUAUGGGACUUAUCAACCAGAAAGAUGGCAGAAGAUUUGUACCUCGUGUUCUGCAGGAACUGUAACUCUUCAGAUGGCAGCACAAACAGCAGCUGACUGUGUCACUGACUGUCCUAAGGGUAGCCAGUAUAAUGUAGAAACUAGGGUAUGUGACCCCUGUCCUAUAGGCUAUUACAGAGAUAAGGUUUCUGUCUCCCAGACGGCCUGCCAGAUCUGCCCCGCGGUAAAUGUCACUGCCGGGACUGGAGCUGAGAGCAUCACUGAUUGUAAUGUUGUUAACUGCUCUAUAGCCGGUUUCUAUAGAAACGGAGAUAAAUGUGACGUCUGCCCCAGGGGACAGUACCAGGAUGAGAAAUACCAGACGUCAUGUAAAAAUUGUGCUUUUGGUUUUACAACUAAACUGAUCGGAGCUCCAUCAUCUCAAUUCUGCUACAGAGAUUGUCCCUCGGGAGAAGCGGUGAAUGAAGCGACCAAUAUUUGUGAGCCAUGCGAGAUGGGUCGGUAUAGGAACAGCUCCGUUCUGGAUCAGUGGACCUGUCAACUCUGCCCUGCUAAUGUUACAACUUCUGGACUCAAGGCUAAAUCGAAAUCUGAAUGCACUGUUCCUCGCUGUGAUCCUGGAACGUUUGUAUCCGGUACAGAAUGUAAACCAUGUCCAGCUGGUACCUACCAAUCGCUGUCUGUACAGUCUAGAUGUAUUCCUUGUCCAGAUAAUAAAAUUACCCUGCUCGAUGGACAAACCUCGGAUGCCAAUUGUAUUUCACUAUGUGAAACAGGUCGAAAUAACUGUACUCAACCAACAACCUGUACUGAUGUUCCUGGUGGAUUUGAAUGUCAAUGUCGUCUGCCUAAUUUCGGUACCGCUAAAAACUGUUCACAUGCAUGUGAUAUGGGGUAUUGUGAGAAUGGCGCCACCUGUCGAAGAGAUUCCAGUAUUCUCUGUUUCUGUGCUGAGAAUUAUAGAGGUGAACGGUGCCGAGAGAGAGUCGCACCAUCGACGGCGAGCAGUAUGACAGAUAUUAUAAUAGGAGUUGUAGUCGGUGUUACAGCGUUUUUAUUGUUAAUUAUAGCCUGUAUCAUCUGUGCUAUCACCAGGAGGAACCGGAAGAUGAGAAAACCAAUAUAUGAGAGUUAUCCCGCUUCCACAGCGCCACCUUCGCUGUAUAAUGGUUCUAUUUCCGGUACGAAUGGUAAAGCCUUCAUGCCUCAACAGGACCUUUUGACCUAUGACCCGUCAUUUUACAGCACGGGCAACAAAUAG